CACACCACCACACCUCGGCUGCUGCCCUGCCUGCCCUUUGCUCCCACAACCACUGGAGCCAUCACAUUACAUUGCAUCCUCGCCAUCCACUCAUUCAGUCUGCACGCUGCUGCGCCUAUCAGCCAAUACCAGCAACAGCUCACAACCCUUCGACUGGUGUCGAUUGGGUUCUUUGAGAGCUGCCCCACCCUGCGUCUCCAGCCCCUAUACCAGCCGAAGCCAUCAGACCCUCUUCGCGCCAACCAAAGACCACAGAGCAAUCUCCACAGAAGGCAGCCAGAGGCGCUAUCAGGUACGGUCUCACCUCAGCCAUCCAGUCAUACCUCACCUCCAGUCCGCCAGCCUUACCCCACCACUCAGUCACACCUGUCAUGGCCUUCUUCAAGUCUCUUCGCAAAGGCAGAAAGUCCAGCUUCUCCUCCGAGGCAGGCCUCAACAAUUCCCCCAAUGGCAAUGCAGGAAAGACCAGCCGAUCUGGGCGAGGCGAUGAUGAUGCAGCGAGCAUGAUGGCAGGUCCCACCAGUGCUACCAGCUCGCCUCAGCAGGCUAGACUGGGCCAGGGCGCAAGCAGAGGGGUCGUUGGUAGCCCGAUCCAGGAAGAUGGGCCCGCUGGCAUCAGCGGUCUGGGCCCGGCCUCUCCUACUCUCAGUCCAGGAGGUGAGAACAAGGGCAGGGGCGGUAGAGGCUUCUUCACUAGGUCCAACAGCAAGCGGGAUACCCUGGUCCUUCCCCAGCGAACACUCUCCUAUGGACAGUCCGCCGCAGGGUCCGCCAGCGACCACGGCACGCCUGCCUCUCCUCCCUUCGAGACUGCCCCCGUAUUGUCACCUUCCUCUAAUGCGAUCGCUGAGGCUACUGCUGAAGCUGCAAACCAACCCCCUGGAGGGGCAAGGCCGUCUGAUCUCUUCGCUGGAAAGGGACUGGCCUGGGGUGAGGUGGACCUCUCGCCCAAUGGGACGACUGUGGCCAAGACUCCCCAGCAGACUGAUGAUCUGUCCAAUUUUCUCAAGGCUCGUCGUCAAUGGGUCCCUACAUUCGUUACCGGUGGAAAGCAGCAAGAAGACAUCAAGCCAGUCUCGAAGCCAGAUGACAUAACGUUCUCCAAUUUGCCUUCGGCUGGCAACGUCAUGAGUCUCAGUGACCUCGAUGCAUCUCACAAGCGCAAGCAGCACCUUCUAGGCAGUGACUUCGAGACGACAGCUCUGAUCGCUGCUUCGGAGAAUCUAGCAACUUCCAUGAGUGGGCUCGGCGUCUCACCCAGCACCAGCCGCUCUGCUUCUUCACCGCCCAUCACGAGCUCGCCAGUAAAGCCUACCCCGAUCGGAACUUCCCUCUUCGCGCCCUCGUCAAGUCAUGGCAGGUCCAGCCCCGCAAGAAAGGCAGUACCGUCGCCCAUCGCCGCCGAAUCUACGCAGAACGUGCCGGCCGCCAACGCUGGUCAACUUUCUUCCUCAGGCAGCUCAGCCAAGCUCGUCACUUCUAACGGCAACAGUCAUGACGCAGUGACCAUGACCAACGGGACCAGCGAAGCAAAUGCAAGCGGUGACGGUCCAAGUGCUCCUGCUGCUGAAGAAGAAACAACCUCAGCAGCGGCGCCGCCCGUAGUGCAGCAAGAAGCCUCCCAUGUCGGGCCUACUGCAACAUCAGUACCUCAGGAUACGAGCAAGGCUGAAGAGAAGCCAGUAUCACAGAUGACCGCUGUGCAAGAGACUGUAGCAUCUCAUGACGGUAAUGCCAGCGCAAGUGAUCAAGCGAAAGUCGAGGCCGACGCUGCGCAGCCAGAAGUCCCUGGAGUGCCCGAGCCACUUUCUCAAGCAGAGGUGGCCUCCAGUGACGGAGCUAGUGGAGCGGCUGCUCCUGCCUUGACCUUCACUGGCGGCUAUGGUUCGAGUUCAGCAGAGCAUAGCAGCAAGCCUGAUGGGCCGCACGAGGAGGCUGCCUCAACCUCAGAAGUUGCUGCUGCCCCCAUGAGUUGAGAGUAUAUAGCAAGGAUUGAAAGAGUCAAGUUGGAGACGGACAUUUAGUAUUGCGGCGAUUCUUUCUUCCUGACUGUCACGACAUAGCCGACCAUCGUCACUAUCGAAGAUGGCCAUCAAAAGCCGAGGGUUGAGAGGUGCCCGGAGAGAAAGAGAGCAGAAAGAGAUGUUUCUUUAAUCAGUCUAAAUCUUCUUUCACUCUUCACUCAUAGAGACUCCAAAUACCCCGUCUCCUUGCCGCCUGAUUGUGGUGGAAGUGCUCGUCUGUGCCCCGAUUCUUGCCGCUGGCCUGGCAAGAAGAAGACGGCGUCAUUUACAAAGGCUCUCCUUUCCGCGAUAAGCGCUCAGCGACCAAUGCUCUCCUCCGACCCUGCC